AGGAGGCUAUCAUGUAUAUCACACACCCGGAGGACAGCGCUAUCUGCUCCUUCAGCUUGCCUUCAUCACCAGAGAACACAACACCAUGAGGAACUUCAGCGUGUUUUUGCUUAUUUUUGCUGUAUUUUAUUGUAUCGAGGGCCAGACCACACAACCAGAUUACUGUUCUCUGCCUAAAGAUGAAGGCACUGUAACAGACAAAGAUCCCCGAAUCUACUUGCACUACGACCACACUGAAGAUAAGUGCUUACCAUUUCGCUACAAUGGAGCAGGUGGAAACCAAAACCGCUUCAAUUAUGAGUUUUUCUGCAUGAGAAACUGCUCUCCCAAUGCUGAAAACCUGUACCCUAUAAACCGAACUAAAGCUUGCAACUUGCCAAAAGCUUUAGGUGAAUGUUAUGGUCAUUACAUACGAUAUUACUAUGAUGCUUCUCAAAGAAGGUGUAUGACAUUCUUUUGGACUGGCUGUGUGGGCAAUGGUAACCGUUUCUUGGAUUUAGCACAUUGCAAUGACACGUGUUAUGGAAUAUCAGCUAUUACUGAUGAAGGAGAGGAUAAAAACACUGGUGAUGCCGAAGCAGACACACAAAUCGGCAUCAUUUUGGGAGCUGUUUUAGGUGUUGUUGGAGCCAUCAUUCUAAUAGUUGUGCUUGUUCUGGCACUGAAGAAGCCUAGAAAAAGCAGAAAAGCCAAAGCAAAGGAAGUAAAGGUGAAAGAAGACUCGAACUCUCCUGGGCCUGAAAUACCCCUUCAAAGUAGCGACAAGCCAUAAUGGAUCACACCCAUGGCAGCAUUAAUACCUCUCAUAACUUCAAAUAAAGUCUUGACAUCAGAUCAAGACAUUUUUAGAAAAAGGUUUUAUCAAAUAGUCUUCUUUGGUUUCUUAGCCGCCUUGAGUGAUUUGCACACAAAUGUGGAAUUACUAACACUAAGAAACUUUAAAAGUUCCUGAGAUGAAUAAGCCAUAGAACUAAGUUCUAAAGUUAACCUUUUUUCUAAGAGUUUAAGUAGUCACUGUUGAAAAUAUGACCAGAUAUAUUUAAUAUAACAUGAGUUUCAAGAUAUUUACAUGAACUAAAAUACAAGAAACUACAAAUAUUGAUGUCAUUUUAAUGGUGUGUAAAUUUUAAAUACAGUAUGUCCCUCAUGAUAUUGACUUAAACUUUGUCUUAUAAAGGGUGUCUGGUAAACAUUUUAAUAAAAAAAAGCUGAUUCCAGA